AACAUAAUCCACGUUCCAACUGAGAGGAAGCAAUCAGCGAAGAGGCAGGAAGAAAGAGAUGGAAGUAGCUCAAGUGCUUUGCAUGAAGGGAGGAAAUGGGGACACCAGUUACGCAAAAAACUCAUUAGUUCAGAAAAAAGUAAUAUCCUUGACAAAGCCUAUAAUCGAGGACGCCAUAACAAAUCUCUACUGCAACAACUUUCCGGCCAGCCUAUGCAUCGCAGACUUGGGCUGUUCUUCUGGACCCAACACUUUUUUUGCAGUCUUGGAAGUUGUCACUACAGUGGACAAGGUGGGGAAGAAAAUGGGGCGUCAAUUGCCCGAAAUUCAAGUGUUUUUGAAUGAUCUGCCGGGAAAUGAUUUCAACACCAUUUUCAAAUCCUUGCCCAAGUUCCAAAAAGAUCUUCAGAAAACAAUGGGAGCAAGCGCUGAAUCAUGUUUUGUAACCGGAGUUCCAGGCUCUUUCUACGGCAGGCUCUUCCCCAGCAAAAGUCUUCAUUUUGUCCAUUCUUCUUACAGUCUCCAAUGGUUGUCUCAGGUUCCUCGAGGGCUGGAGAGUAACAAAGGGAAUAUUUACAUGGCCAGUUCGAGCCCACCAAGCGUGCUUAAAGCAUACUAUGAGCAAUUCCAAAGGGAUUUCUCCAUGUUUCUCAGGUGUCGGUCGGAGGAACUACUAGAAGGAGGGAGUACGGUUUUAACAUUUUUAGGAAGAAGAAGUGAAGAUCCCUCUAGCAAAGAAUGUUGCUAUAUCUGGGAGCUCUUAGCUGUGGCUCUCAAUGAUAUGGUUUCAGAGGGGCUCAUAGAUGAGGAGAAGAUGGAUUCCUUCAAUAUUCCUCAAUAUACACCUUCCCCAGCUGAAGUAAAAUGUGAGGUUGAAAAGGAAGGAUCCUUCACCAUAAAUCGGCUGGAGGUUUCUGAAGUGAACUGGAAUGCGUACCACGGUGAAUUCUCCCCAUCAGAUGCUCAUAAAGAUGGUGGAUACAACGUGGCCAAGUUGAUGAGAGCAGUUGCAGAGCCAUUGCUUGUAAGCCACUUCGGUGAUGGAAUAAUAGAGGAAGUGUUCAGCAGGUACAAAAAGAUUGUUGCUGAUCGCAUGUCCAGAGAGAAGACUGAAUUCGUAAAUGUCACGGUUUCCAUGACUAAGCGUGGAUGACCAACACUCAACAGGGCAAGCUGCUUCAUCCAACAGUCAACAUGGCGGCUGCUUCAUUGGUCACGUUUAUCUACUGUUGCCUUGCUUAUUUUAUUACUCUUAUAUUUCAGAACGUGCGUGUAAGCCUCACUAAAAUAAGCUUUCCAUGAUCAAGUAUCCAUCCAAUUUGUGUAGAUUCCCCCUUUGUGACACGAUGUUUUAUUGUCAAACAUAUUAUUAAAUCUGGACGAUGGAAGUGUAGUUGUCUUUAGCAUAUGUUUGGUUUGUCAGCAUCCUAAUGGGAAUCCUAUAUUCAACCAAA